AGUGUCUGUGGAGCUGUGACCGUGAGCGCGUGUGUGUGUGAUAAAAAAACACAUCAAGAAUAAAGAAAGAAAAAAAGAAAGAAAAUGUGAGAAAAUGAAGUGAGAGAAAAUAAAGAAAAUAAAAAUAAUAAAAAUAAUGAACUCGUGAAAAAAAAUGGAGGCCUCGGGCGACAGUCGCAUCCCCACGGCGCGGCGCUCCGGCCUGCCCCGCCCCGCGCCGCCCCAGCUGAGGGUGGGGGCGCCCUUCUCUCUGGCGGGCGGCUCGGGGCCCUUCUCGCUGUCCCCCGCCGCCCCCCCCGAGGACCCCCCUGACGCCCUGCCGCCCCCCAAGCUGGCGCGGUUCUCCACGGGGGACCUGCCCGAGUGUGCCCCGCGGCGCUGCAUCGCCCCGCCGCGCCCCGUGUCCUCCGGGGGCCGCUUGGGGUCCAUCUCGAGCGGGGAGGCGCGGGCGUGGGGCGCGGGGCCCAGCACCGCCCACGACUCGCCCUUCUCGCGGCAGCUGGCGCGCGUGACGCACGCCGCGCGGCGCCACGACUACCACGACGACGACGACUACCCGCAGGACGACGAGGACGACGACGACGACUACCCCGACUACCCCGCGCCGCCCCCGCGCUGCCUGCCGCCCGGCCACCCCCUCGCCCACCCCCGCCUGCACCACGCCGUGCCGCCCGUGCCGCGCCUGAGGGAGGCGUCGCGGCCCUGGGAGCCGGCUGCCGGGGAGAGCGCGUGCCGCGUGACGCGUGAGGGCGUGGGGCGGCGCGUGGUGGUGGGCGGCGUGGAGGGCGGCACUCUGCGCUACGUGGGCCGCACCGCCUUCGCCGCGGGGGAGUGGGCGGGCGUGGAGCUGGACCGCCCGGCGGGCAAGAACGACGGCUCCGUGGACGGCGUCAUCUACUUUUCCUGCCGCGCCAGGCACGGCAUCUUCGCCCCCGUCACGCGCGUGGCACUGGCGCCCCCCGAGCCCGCCGCGCCCCGCCCCGGCCCCGUGCCCGCCGCGGUGCCCGGCCCCGGCCCCGGCCUCGCCGCCACUGCCACCAGCGGCAGCCUCCCGCGGCGGCCGUCAGACUCGUCCCCCGAAGGCGCCGAGUGCCCGGGGGCGGCGCGGGCCAUGCGGCGCGUGGAGGAGGGCGAGGAAGGGUGUGCGGGCAGCCCGGGCAGCCCCGGCGACGCCACGUGCGACGACUCCUCGCUGGGCAUCCUGACGCCGGACCAGAUGCCGGACUUCACCGUGACGGCCUCCGCCUCGCUGGGCCGCUCGCCCUCCGACGAGGACGUGGCGGCGCUGGAGGACGAGGUGUGCGAGGCGGCGGGCGGCGCGCCGGCGGUGGCGACGGCGGUGGGAGUGGUGGGAGCGGUGGGGGGCGCCGCGGCUUCAGGCGUCGCCUCGGGUGAGCCGUUGCCCCGGUGGGACUCUGACCCCAGCGUGGCGGCCCUGGACGAGGAGCUGUUCCGCAGCGACGUGUCGGCCAUCAUCCGCGAGCUGCGCUCCUCCGCCGAGGCCACGGCGGCCGCCAGCACCUCCUCGGGGGGCUCCUCCCCCUCCAGGCCGCGGCCCUCGCCCGACACGGAGCGCUUCCAGCAGGACGAGGCGCGGCUGCAGCGCGAGCACGACGACGACCGCCGCGACGACCGCCGCGACGACGACGACCCCCGCCCGCACGGGGACGACGACCAGCGGAGCGCGGCCCCUGACCCCGUGCCCUUCUCCGGCACCGUGCCCCGCAGCCCCGCCUGCCCUGCGGCACAAGGGCCUCGCGAGGCGGUGGGCUGCGCGGACCUGGCGCGGCUGCCGGCGGCUGCGCGGCGCGCCACGCCCUACACCACACGGCUGCUGCUGGCGGCGGCAGGGCCCGGUGAGGUGACGCCGGAGACGGAGGCGGCGUGGGCGGGCGGCGUGGGCGUGGUGAGCGUGGCGGGCGGCGUGGGCGUGGUGGUGGGCGGCGCCGCCAUGACCACCAGCGCGGGCAGCCUGGACCAGGGCUACCAGGGCGACGCCGAGUGUGACCCGCGCUCCGAGGGCGGCACGGGCACGGCCUCGUCGCCCACCGAGGACGUGCGGCUGUUCCAGGGCGUCAUGGACGACGUGAGCCUCGGCGAGGACGACCACGAGGCCGACCACCCCGUGGGCGGCGCGCUCCGCGGCGGCGGCGGCGGCCUGGGUGUUGGGGGCGGCGGGGACCGCUCGGCGCGCAUCAUCGACGGCAAGCUGUACCACGCGCCGCGCGAGCUGGCGCGCCCGCACGACCCCAGCGCCUCGGAGAUGGACUCGUCGGGCUUCUACUCCGACCUGGACCCGCGAGACCGCGACGCCGAGGACGAGAGCGCUCGCACCGACCUGGAGCCCGUGCAGGAGGCGCUGGGCGGGGCCGGCGCCGCCAUGCACGACUCCCUGCUGGAGGACGACUCGCGGGGCGGCGGCGCGUCGCUGCACGACUCGCUGCUGGACGACGACACGCGCGCCGACCACAGCCUGGACGACGACCGCAGCUCCGCCUCCACGCUGCGGCCUGAGUCCAAGGACCCCACGCUGAGCGAGGCCCCGGACCCCGCCAGCGACGGCUCGGCGCCCCCCGGCACCACCACGCUGCCGGACCCCGCCCCCGGCGCCGCCCCCGCCCCCCCCGGCACCACCAUCCUGCCCGACGCCACCACCAUCCUGCCCGACACCGUCAUCACCGCCCCCGCCGCCAUCCUGCCGGCCCCCGACACUGCCGCCACCACCAUCACGGCGGCGCCCUGCACGGAGGUGGACUCCCAGGCCACGCCCACGCCGCCGCUCGAGCAGGUCGGCGCCGAGGAGGAGGAGGCGGCCCGCGCGCGCGCCCGCACCUACGACAAGCCGUGGCUGGCGCGGCCGCCGCCCCCGCGGAGGAAGGAGGAGCCGCGUCGCCCCCUGCCGCCGCCGCCGCCCAUGCCCAAGCGGAACGUGCAGUCGCGACUGAAGGCGCUGUUGGAGGCGCCGCGCGAGGCCCCGCCGGAGGAGGCGCGGCGCCCCCGCCAGCCCCGCAAGAACCGCUGGGACGAGGUGAUGACCAAGAUCGCCGAGGGGCAGCGGGAGGCCCCGCGGGGCCCGCCCCGGGAGGUGAAGAGCCGCCUCAUGGAGGGCGUGCUGGCGCCUCCCGCCGCGCUCUCGCCCCAGGCCGAGCGCAUCAGGCAGGAGCGGCGCGAGCGGCGGGAGCGGCGGCAGGCCCAGCAGGCGGCGCAGGCGGCGGCGGCGGCGGCGGCAGCGGCGCGGCGCCCGGCGCUCCUGCGCGGCGACAGGAAGAGAAGCAGCACCACCAGCAUCCGCAGCAAUAGGACAAGCAGGGCGCCCUCCCUCGACUCGCUGCCUGCUGACUACGCCUGCUCAGGGGGCGCCUACAGCAGGGGGUCCUCUGCUGACCGCUCCGAGACGUCCCACAAGUCAAGCUCCACCGCGUCUGGAGGUGGAGGUUCACGAGCUUCCCGGGACUCCAGGGUCAUCUCCUCCUCCUCCACCGCCCCUCCACUUCGCCUCUCCACCUCCUCCUCCUCCACUGCUGUCGACAAGAAGUUACGGCCAGACCCCCCCUUCCACCCCCCCUCUGCCGCCCCCCCUGGUCCGCCCCCCCGACGCCCCCGCCUGGAAAUUAAAACAACAAUACCGAAGACAGGAAGACACCCCCAAAGGAAGACAGGU